ACAGGUAAAUGAUUCUAUGUAUCCAUAGUGUAACAAGGUUGUUACAAGAGAUACGAUUUGAGCAUUUUAAUGAAGAGAACAGGUAAUUGAUUCUAUGUAUCCAUAGUGUAACAAGAGUGUUACAAGAGAUACGAUAUGUGGUUAUGAAAUGAAUGGUUAAUAUUAAAAUGAAUUAUGGCAAUAUCUUGUAGCUGGACUCCCUACAAGUGAUGAACAAUGGGGGGAGUGUGGGACUUGUCCUACGCUCCUACGCAGGCCUACUGUGACGACAGUAGUGUCCUUAUAUUUUUGACACUCAAGUAGGCGGAAGGUUCCGUUCGAUCUUGGGGGUAUGCAUACUAAGGUGAUGGGUGUGAGACGGCUCGAAACCGUAUUUGCAUUUCAUCUAACAGACCUAGUGUCUGUUAAGGAUUCAGUAGCCCGUAUGAUUCUAGUAAGAUGACGGUGCCCGUUCGAUGCCAAUUAAAGAUUAAAGAUUAAAGGUUAAAGGAUGUAACAUAGUGUAGCAUCAUGCUUAAAAUUGUUCAUGUGUGCAUCAUUUAUGUUUACAUGUAUUCAAUGGUUCAUUACGUACUCAGCAUGGCUGAUUGUGUGUUAUUAUGUGUUUGAUGAACUGCGAUGAACCAUUGAUGCUACAAUGGGGAGCAGACUAGGUGUGCUGGUGCUGCUGCAUAAUCUCGAGCAUACGGGGACUAGGCUUGGGUCCCAAUUUCAUAAGCGGAACGUUCGAUUAAGACAGCGAAAAUUCUCCGUUACAAGCGUAGAAUGGUUCGGGAGGGAGGCACGCCUGAAACCUCUCUGAAUAUCGAGCAAUCGAUACGUGACUUGGUGCAAAUCACUGCCAACCUAGCCCAAGGUCACAAUCGUGAAGGGGAUUUAUCCGAAAAGGUUGCCCGUAGGAACCCACCAAUACUGAAUGGGAAAGGGGGACCUGAAGAAUUAGAGAACUGGGUUGGGGAAUUCGAUAAACUUUUCUUCACCUUAUCCUGCCCCGAUGAGAAAACUGUGCCCUUAGCGAGCUACUACCUUCAGGGAGAUGCUCAUUUCUGGUGGACCCAAGCUAAGAGCAACCUCCUGAGUCAGCCUGGUUUUGGGUGGGAAACUUUCAAAAAGGCCUUAAGGGACAAAUAUUACCCUCCAUACCUUAAGAAGCAGAAAGCCCAAGAAUUUAUGAUGUUGGAACAAGGGACUCUGUCUGUUGAGGAGUACUACCGGAAAUUCAUCGAGCUGAUGAGAUUUGCCCCGGAAAUAGCACCUACUGAGGAAUCUAAAGCCUCACGUUUCGAACUAGGACUUACCCUUGACCUGCAAGGAAGACUAGGGGGAGAUACAUUCACCUCUUUAGAUCAUGUGUUUGGCAAAGCUGCUCAUCUUUAUGCCAUCAGGAAGAGAGAGGAAGGGGGUAAGCAGGGUGAGAAACGAAAGGAUAAUCCAAACCCUGAGGUCCAGAAGUUUGAGAAGAAGCAUAAUGGGAACCAAAACCAUCAAGACCCUCAAAGGAAUUUCGGUAAGGGACCCAAUAACAACAACGCUAAUCCCAACAACAAUAACCGCAAUAACAACACCAAUAACCGCAGAUCUGAGCGUGUGUAUAGGUGUAGAAAGUGCCCUAACAACCAUCCUGGUAGAGACUGUGAGGGUAACAAGGUGGAAUGUCGAGAAUGCGGGAAAUUGGGACAUAGGGCAUAUGAGUGCUACUCGAAGAACAAACUGAUCAACCCAAUGGCCAAAAGAAUGGGAAUUAUGGGGACAAGCCCCGAAAUGGAAAUGGAAACGGGAAUGGAAAUGGGGGAAGUGCUUACAAUGGGAAUUCUAACUACUCCAAGCCUGUAACCAACACCAAUAAUCAGACAUCUAAUGGGAACAAUGCAACCAAUUCCCAAGAUAAGGGCAAGGGGAAGCUGUAUAUGAUGUCGACUAGAGAACAAGAGGCUCGAAGGGAUGUUGUCUCGGGUACAUUUUCUAUCAACUCCACUCCUGUUAAAGUAUUGUUUGAUUCUGGAGCAUCAUUGUCAUUUAUUGCCCAUUCAACUGUUAGGACUUUAACAUUGAUCGAGUCUGAGUCGAUUUCUAUGCCUAUAGUCAUUCCGUCUGGGAGAUGUUAAUUGCUCUAA